AUGAUCGCGACUUGGAGAACAGGCAAGUCUUUUCUAGAGGGAGUCACAGAUCAAGAGGUUGUGAGGAGGAAACUGGACCGUAUUGAAAAGACCCUAAACAAGCUGGCAAAGCUGAUAGAAGUAUCUGGUCGAAAGCACUUCACCAAUGACACUUUACCAAAUGUGGAUCAAGUUAAAGAGAAGAUUGUGAUGCCAAAGUUAUAUCCAAACUCCAUCCUGUUCGCCCAGUGGGGCGAUGACCUGUCAGAAGAGGAACAGAAGGAGGCGGAGGGUCUGUUUCAGAUUUAUGGAUACAAUGCCUUCCUAAGUAACCAGUUGCCAACAGACAGGAAGCUUUCAGAUACAAGAGACAGAAGGUGUCUGAUGAAGAAGUAUCCCAGUGACCUGCCGACAAUCAGCGUGGUACUGAUCUACUUAAACGAGGCUCUUUCGGUGAUUAAAAGGGCCGUAAGAAGCAUCAUCACCCACACUCCAAAGCACCUGCUGAGGGAAAUCAUUCUAGUGGAUGACUAUAGCACUUACAAUGACCUCGGAAAACAUUUACAAGACUACAUUGAUCAGAUUCACAAAGAGAGGCCUGGACUCAUAAAGAAAGUGUGGCACAAGCAACAAAUGGGGCUGUCCCAGUCCCGGAUCUCAGGUUGGGAGCACGCCACAGCAGAUGUUGUGGCCAUUUUGGAUGCCCAUAUUGAAACCACAGAGGGAUGGGCAGAACCUCUGCUGGACAGGAUCAAAGCUGACAGGACAGUGGUGGUGUCCCCUGUGUUUGAUAAGGUGCAUUUUGACGAUCUACAAGUGGAAAGAUAUAACCCGUUCGCUCAUGGCUUCGACUGGGCUUUGUGGUGUAUGUACGAGUCCUUUAGGCCAGACUGGCUGAAGAUGGGGGAUGAAUCGCAGCCUGGGAAGAGUCCCUCUGUUAUGGGAAUCUUUGCAGCAGACAGAUUCUUCCUUGGAGAAAUUGGUGGGCUCGAUGGUGGAAUGACGGUUUACGGAGGAGAAAAUGUUGAACUUGGGAUUCGUGUGUGGCUGUGUGGAGGCAGCGUAGAGGUUGUGCCUUGCUCAAGGGUAGCUCACAUUGAGAGGGCACACAAACCGUAUGCACUUGAUCUCAACCCUGUCAUGAAGAGAAAUGCAUUGAGGGUUGCAGAUAUCUGGUUGGAUGAGUACAAGCGGAACGUGCUCAUUGCCUGGAACAUUCCUUUUAAGAAUCAUGGAAUCGAUACUGGCGACGUGUCCGAGAGGAAGAAGCUCAGAGAAAAGCUGAAAUGUAAACCUUUUAAGUGGUACCUGGACAAUGUUUAUCCAAGUCUGGACACAUGGGAUAACCUCUUGGGGUAUGGUGUGCUGCAGAACACCCGUCUUCAGAGCUAUUGUGUUGACCAGGGAGUCGUUCCAGGAAACAUCCCUAUCCUGUAUGAAUGCCACUCCCAGCAGCCACAGCAUUGCUUCUACAACACAGAUGGUGAAAUCAUCAUCGGGGGGAUUAAAUCUCACAAAUAUAACAGUAACCGCUGCCUGGUUGAUCCAGGCUCUGGCAGCACUCCCAUCCUGCAGGAGUGUCAGCUGGCUAAACUAAACGAACUACACAUGCACUGGGACUUCAAACAAGGCCAAUCGAUCAGAAACAAAGCAACAAAGAGAUGUCUUGAGGUCGCCCAGGGAGAAAGUUUUUACUUUGAGGUCAUCAUACAACAGUGCAGUGGACAGAGCUGGACGAUUGAGAAUCUUAUCACAAGUUUUUAG